AUGGACCUGGACCGGCUGGACGCUUCAGGCUUUUCUCACAUCUGGACGCUUCUGGACGUGGACGAUCACGGUUACAUCGAAGCGACGCAGCUCGACGACUUCUUCCGUCGCGUGUUGCAGAAACUUGGAAAGAAGAGAGAAGAGAUCACUGAGCUCAACAUCCGGCGACUGAGAGAAAGGUUCAUGUCGGCCUAUGACGUCUCAUCCGUCGGACGUCUGCAGAUCCAAGAGCUCGCAGCCAUGAUGCUGCCGGAGGAGGAGAAGUUCCUGCUCCUGUUUCACAGAGAGACGCCACUGGACGACAGCGUGGAGUUCAUGAGGAUCUGGAGAAACUACGACGUGGACAGCAGCGGCUUCAUCUCAGCCGUCGACCUGAAGGGCUUCCUUCAGGAUCUGUUCGUCCAACACAGGAAGUCCGUCCCCGCUGAGAAGCUGGAGGAGUACACUGUCUCAAUGACGAAGAUGUUUGAUAAGAACCAAGACGGCCGAUUGGAUCUGAACGACCUGGCCAGAAUUUUGGCUCUGAAAGAAAACUUCUUGCUGAAGUUUAAGAUGGACGCCUGCAGUCAGGACGACAGGAAGAGGGACUUUGAGAAAAUAUUCGCUCACUACGACGUCAGUAAGACGGGUGCGUUGGAGGGUCCUGAGGUCGAUGGAUUUGUCAAAGACAUGAUGGAGCUGGCGAAGCCCAGCAUCAGUGGCACGGACCUGGACCAGUUCAGGAAAGCUGUGCUCGGCCACUGUGACAUCAACGGAGACGGAAAGAUCCAGAAGAACGAGCUGGCUCUCUGCCUCGGCCUGAAGCUCAGCUAA